AUGACAAGAACUAUAUUAGACGUGGUCAAGGAAUGCGACAACUUCACGGCGCCCGAAAGUGGUGAAGCCACGGGUCACGAUUUCUGGCGACAAUACUAUACUUUUCGAAUCAAUGGCUGCGAUGCCGUAUUGGGGUAUAUUCCCCAAGUGAUCAUUGGGAAGAUCCAAUGGUCCGACGCGUGGAUAAUCGAUCAGGACUCACGAACCGUCUGCUUAAACACUCCGUCAACUGCGACCCGAGAAAUACGUUCCGAAGCACUCAUACAAACCCUAAAAGCCACUCAACAGCAUGGAACCAUUUCAAUGCUGAAUAAAUGGCGGAACGAGACAUUUCCUGUCUACGAUAUACAGGGCGACGUCCUCGUCGAGAUCGAGCGCUGCGCGAGCGCCUUAUUCGGAAUCGUUACCUACGGCGUCCAACUCCUCUGCUACGUGAACGAUGACCGAGACGGAUUACGACUAUGGAUUGGUAAACGAUCAAGCAGGAAGCAGACUUAUCCGGGGAUGUUGGAUUGUACUGCUGCCGGGGGUUUGCCUACGGGAACGCUGCCACUAGACGCUGUCAUGUGCGAAGCUCAAGAGGAGGCAUCUAUACCGUAUAAGUUUACGAAGAAGCACAUCAAAGCGAUGGGGCCGAUUAGUUAUUUUCAUGUUCGUGGAUCUACGGCCGGAGGGGAGAUUGGUUUGUUACAGCCUGAGGUUGAGUAUACUUACCAGCUUGAAUUGGAGAUUGGCAUGGUGCCGACUCCGAGUGAUUCUGAAGUGGAGAGUUUUACUUUGUACACAGUGGAAGAGACACUGGAAUUCUUGAGGCAGGAGCUUUUCAAACCGAAUAGUGCUGUCGUCAUUGUCAAGUUCCUUAUUGAAAAUGGGAUUGUGAGUCCCGAGAAUGAACCGGAUUACUCGGAGAUUCUGUCACAUUUGAGUCGACCUCUUGAGUUUCCUGUUGUGAUUCAUUCAUCUACUUGA